UCCGUCAGGGUUCUUCAACUGCACAAACCAGACCUGUGUUCGAGACCACUACCGCUGCGACGGCGAGAAGGACUGUCCGAAUGGCGAAGACGAGGUCGGCUGCGAUGAGUGCCAGAUCUGGGCGAUGCAGUGCUUAGACGGGUCCUGCGUCGGAGCCCCCCGCGUGUGCGACGGCGUUGCAGACUGCGCAGGCGGGGAGGAUGAAGUGGGCUGCCCUGCAAACAAGACAGUAGCGGCUUGUCCCGCCGGAUACCUGAGUUGCUCUGACGGAUCUUGCUACAACGGAAGAUUCUAUUGUAAUAAAACGUCUCCUUGUCCAUUUGACGAGGAUGAACCGAAUUGCAGGGAUGACUUCAUAAUACCGGAAAUCCACGAGGUACGUUUACGAUGCAGUCAGUAUUAUCGAGAGUUGGUGGACCUUGUUGAUCAACCGGUCUUCGCUAAUGUUUCCUUAGAGGUGGAGGGGGAUUGUCCGCAUUUUGACAAAGGAACGUAUAUAGAGACAAGUUUCAUGAACCCCUUGUGUUUGGACAUUGUGACCUGCGAUUUCUACGGCUGCUACACUGAUUACCUGACACGUUAUACUGAAUAUUUUGACGAAAUAAAUAUGCUGUGUGCCUCGUGCGAUGAUGGAUCUGAAAACUGUUGGCUCCCACACUGGCUGGACGAGUACGAAACCGGCAAGCUGAGCAAUAUCUCCCUGUACCUGAUGCUGAAAAGGAGUGAGAUCCCUGACUUCAGUGAUAUCGCCGAUCUUUACACCGUCCCGCAAGAGGAAAGACUGAACAAUUCCAUCCCGGCUAACGACUUUAUAUACUCGUGUACUUUCGACAAUCGCCGCUGUAACCACACGCACUUUUACACGUGGAUGAGCGACGAGUAUGGCACGUGCUAUACAUUCAACAGCUUGUUCAAAGAAAACAGCAGCAAGGUUCAGACAACGAAGAGGGCGGGGCCUAAGACCGGCCUCAAGGUCGCCCUCGACGUCCAGAUGGGCGUCGCGCUACUUACGCCCGAGGUCGGAGUGCGAGUGAUCGUCCACGACCCGUACCUCCUGCCGGCGCUGGACGAAGAAGGCUUCAGCAUCGGGCCGGGCGCGUCCUCCGUCGCUGUGAAGAGGACCAAGUACGUACGCCUCGGAGAACCUCAUGGCGUUUGUGCGAAUGACUACGGCUUCAACCAUCCUUACAAGUAUUCGAGAAAGCUUUGCAAACAGCUAUGUGUCGAGCGUGAAUUUCGAGAGCGGUGCGGGUGUUACAUCGGACAAAAUCCUCUUUACGAUUCGCUGCAGACGGUACCGGAGCGGCGAUGCUCAUCUGUUGACCGCAUUGAAGGGCUGUGUAUCGCCAGCGUGACAAAGAGCAUUGAAGAGGACACCAUCCUCUGCGAUUGCCCGCUUCCCUGCAGCGAAAUGAAGUACGAUACCCAGGUAACAACAAGUAAGACUAAUAAUGUGUACUACAACAUCCUUAGUCAAACAAGGAAGCCGUUAAAAAGUAUAUGUACAAACGACAGCCAGAUGGUCAGCCUCCUCGUGUACCUCGACUCCAAAUCUUAUCAAGUAACAGAGGAAUCACCUGCCUAUUCUUGGGAUACGCUCCUCAGCAACAUCGGGGGAUCCUUGGGUCUCUUCGUCGGCGUGUCCCUGAUCAGCAUCCUCGAAGUGAUUGAGAUGAUCAUCGACGUCAUUUUCGCCGGAUUCAAGAGAUGCACAGGAGGUGGCAAGAGAGUUUCUCGUGUGUCGGCUAAAGCAUGGGGGGGAAAAAAUAGAUGUUGCUGAAGUGGAUCGCCAAGAUAAAAGAUAUGAGCAAUUGCGAAAAGAACUUGAUAUAAUAAAAGAUAUUGUACAAGAUCUGAGCCAGAGUAAGUGAUGGGGAAAAGGAAAGUGAAUUCCAAAGAUUUCAUGUUCAUCCUUUUUUUGUUAUUCAUGUUGAAUAUCUACAUAACCGGAUAAAUUCUAUAUCACUAUAUGUAUUUUUUCUUCUUCUUCUUUAAGACUUGCUCGGUGACAAACUUGAAUUUCGAUAUGAUUGGAUAAAAGAAAAUUCAGUUUAUUAACCACUUUAUGUAUCCAUCUAUCUCUCUAUCCAUUUAUUUAUUUACGUCUUUUAAGGGUGUUUCUUGACCUAUUUUUUUUUUUUUUUUUCCAACCUAUGCUAACGCAAACAUAUGCUUGUCAAACCCAGACGAAUCCCUGUCCGGCAUACGAGUUCAGCCCAACAGUGCCAGCUCCGGGAACAGGGAAGGCCUGGACGCAAGUCGAAUGUUCAACCUCCUUUUCCGGAAGGAUCAGUGAUAGCUAGAUAAUAAGAGGAAAAAAAACUGUUCCGGGAUUUCCGAGUGCUGUUUCUUAUCAUCUAAUGUCAUCUCUCUCUCUCGCUCUCGCGCUCUCUCUCUCUCUCUCUCUCUCUCUCUCUCUCUCUCUCUCUCUCUCUC